CCGGCGCUCUAGCCAGCACACGUGCUACUCUAUGGUAUCUCGGGUUCCCUCUGGCUGUACUCUGGAGGACCGCUCUCGUUUCCUUUUUGGCGGCGAGAGGUCCCGCAGCAGCGGCUGAGCUGGAAGAAAGAUGGCGGCAGCGGUGCGACAGGAUUUGGCUCAGCUCAUGAAUUCGAGCGGCUCUCAUAAAGAUCUGGCGGGCAAAUAUCGUCAGAUCCUGGAAAAAGCUAUUCAGCUAUCUGGGGCAGAGCAACUUGAAGCUUUGAAAGCCUUUGUGGAAGCAAUGGUAAACGAGAAUGUCAGCCUCGUGAUCUCGCGACAGUUGCUGACUGACUUCUGCACGCAUCUCCCUAACCUGCCUGACAGCACAGCCAAAGAAGUCUAUCAUUUCACCUUGGAAAAGAUCCAGCCUAGAGUAAUUUCAUUUGAGGAGCAGGUUGCUUCAAUAAGACAGCAUCUUGCAUCCAUAUAUGAGAAAGAAGAAGACUGGAGAAAUGCAGCUCAAGUGUUGGUGGGAAUCCCUUUGGAAACAGGACAAAAGCAAUACAAUGUAGAUUAUAAACUGGAGACUUACUUGAAAAUUGCUAGGCUCUAUUUAGAGGAUGAUGAUCCAGUACAGGCAGAAGCUUACAUAAAUCGAGCAUCAUUGCUUCAGAAUGAAUCAACCAAUGAACAGUUACAGAUACAUUAUAAGGUAUGCUAUGCACGUGUUCUUGAUUAUAGAAGAAAAUUCAUUGAAGCUGCACAAAGAUACAAUGAGCUUUCUUACAAGACAAUAGUCCAUGAAAGUGAAAGACUAGAGGCCUUAAAACAUGCUUUGCAUUGUACCAUCUUAGCAUCAGCAGGUAAACAUGUAAUUUAUACUUUAAUGAACAAUGACAUCUUUGAUUAG